GCUGCCGGCCGGUGCCCGGAGCGCGGACGCGGGGCGGCAAGCGAGAAGGCGGGGCAGGGCAGGGUCGGGCACGACUGGGCUGGGCUAGGCUGGGCUAGGCGAGUCGGAAGCGGUGCUCGCACGGGCCCGGCGGGAGCGUGCGGCUCGAUGAACUCACGCAAAGUAUUGGCCCUGCAGGCUCGCAGGCGGCGGCCGAAGCAGCCCGCGGCGGCCGGCAGGAGGGACAAACACCCGCCGCCCCACAAAAAGCCAGAGCCUCAGCAGAAAGCUCCCUCAGCACCUCCACCCCCACCGCCACCCCCACCUCCACCCCUGCCGGAGCCAACCCCGCCAGAGCCAGAGGAGGAGAUCCUCGGGUCUGACGAUGAGGAGCAGGAGGAUCCCGCGGAUUAUUGUAAAGGUGGCUAUCAUCCAGUGAAAAUUGGCGAUCUCUUCAAUGGCAGGUAUCAUGUUAUUAGAAAGCUAGGAUGGGGACACUUCUCUACAGUCUGGCUAUGCUGGGAUAUGCAGGGAAAAAGAUUUGUUGCAAUGAAAGUUGUAAAAAGUGCCCAGCAUUACACAGAGACAGCCUUGGAUGAAAUAAAGUUACUCAAAUGUGUUCGUGAAAGCGACCCUAAUGAUCCCAACAAAGAUAUGGUUGUACAACUAAUCGAUGACUUCAAAAUUUCUGGAAUGAAUGGAAUACAUGUUUGUAUGGUCUUUGAAGUACUUGGACACCAUCUCCUAAAAUGGAUAAUCAAGUCCAAUUAUCAAGGCCUUCCCAUCCGUUGUGUUAAAAGUAUAAUUCGACAGGUUCUUCAAGGUCUGGAUUAUCUACACAGCAAGUGCAAGAUCAUUCAUACGGAUAUUAAGCCAGAAAACAUUCUGAUGUGUGUGGACGAUGCCUACGUUCGUAGAAUGGCUGCUGAAGCUACUGAAUGGCAGAAAGCUGGAGCUCCUCCUCCUUCUGGCUCAGCAGUGAGUACAGCUCCACAGCAAAAGCCUGUUGGGAAAAUAUCCAAAAACAAAAAGAAAAAAAUGAAGAAAAAACAGAAGAGGCAAGCAGAGCUGUUAGAAAAACGCCUGCAGGAAAUAGAAGAACUGGAGCGAGAAGCCGAAAGGAAAAAAAUAGAAGAAAAUGUAACCUCAGCUGUACCAUCAAAUGAACAAGAAGAUGAGUACCACCCAGAGGUGAAACUAAAAACAGCUGAUCUCGAAGAGGUCGUAGAUGAAGAAACUGGAAAUGAUGAUGGUGAAACAGAAGAUCAGGAUGAAAAAGAAGACACAGAGAAAGAAAACACUGAAAAAGAUGAUGAUGUUGAGCAGGAACUUGUCAGCAAUGACCCUACAGACCCUAAGUGGAUAGAAUCACCUAAAACAAAUGGCCAUAUUGUGAAUGGCCCAUUUCUAUUGGAACAACAGAUCGAAGAUGAAGAUGACGAAGAGGAAGAAUGUCCAAAUGCAGAAGAAUAUAAUCUCGAUGAGCCAAAUGCAAAAAGUGAUUACUCUUAUAGCAGCUCUUAUGAACAGUUUAAUGGUGAAUUGCCAAAUGGACGUCAUAAAAUUCCUGAGUCGCAGUUCUCUGAAUUUUCAGCUUCAGUGUUCUCUGGGGCUCUAGAGUCUGUAGCUUGUGGUUCUGCUGUUUCUGAAGGAUCAACUGUAACAGAAAGAGAGGAAAGCAGCCCAUCUUAUGACAGGAGCAGAACGGUUUCAGCUUCAAGCACUGGGGAUUUGCCAAAAACAAAAACUCGUGCUGCUGACUUACUGGUGAAUCCACUGGACCCAAGAAAUGCAGAUAAAAUUAGAGUUAAAAUUGCUGACCUGGGAAAUGCCUGCUGGGUGCAUAAGCACUUCACAGAAGACAUCCAGACAAGACAAUAUAGAUCCAUAGAGGUUUUAAUAGGAGCAGGUUACAGUACACCUGCUGAUAUCUGGAGUACAGCGUGUAUGGCAUUUGAGCUAGCAACUGGAGAUUAUUUGUUCGAACCACAUUCUGGUGAAGACUAUUCCAGAGAUGAAGACCACAUAGCACACAUCAUAGAGCUGCUAGGCAAUAUCCCAAGGCACUUUGCUCUAUCUGGAAAAUAUUCUCGGGAAUUCUUCAAUCGCAGAGACCACAUAGCUUUGAUCAUUGAACUGCUGGGAAAAAUCCCUCGAAAAUACGCUAUGUUGGGGAAAUAUUCCAAGGAGUUUUUCACCAAAAAAGGAGAACUCCGACACAUUACGAAGUUGAAGCCUUGGAGUCUUUUCGAUGUGCUUGUGGAGAAGUACGGCUGGCCUCACGAAGACGCUGCACAGUUUACAGAUUUCCUGAUCCCCAUGCUAGAAAUGGUCCCAGAGAAACGUGCUUCAGCUGGAGAAUGCCUUAGGCAUCCGUGGCUGAAUUCUUAGCAGAAUUUCUCAGCUAUAAAACAAGCCAGCAACCACUUUUCAAUGCAUCGGACCUAACUGGUGACUGUCACAAAUCCUCUAGCAGGAUCACACGUGAGCUGGCUUCAAUCCUCAGACCUUUAUUUUGCUUGAGGUACUGUUUGACAUUUUGCUUUUUGUGCACUGUGUUCUUGGGGAAGGGUAGUCUUUUUGUCCUCAGCUAGUAGUUUACUCACCCACUUUCUUCAGAAAACACUUAACGUGUCUUUAAGCAUUGUUUCUUGUGUUGUGUGGCAUUCAGAUGUCAGAUUUUUGAACAAAAGAAACUUCCUCCCAUGUGUUUUGGCAAGUUUUGUAACUAUUUAUGAAAAAACUAUUUUAGCUGAUGCAUAUUAUAUAAUUUACAAGCGUAAGAAAUUUAUGAAGUCAGAAGCGAGUUAUGGCAAGGAACUGUACAAUUUUAUCUUCUGGCAAAGGGACGUCAUUCUUGUAUUAUAGUGUAUGUAAAUGCACCCUGUAAAUGUUUAUUUCCAUUUAAAUACGGGACCGGGGACUCAAUUUCAGAGUAAAGCUACUAAGUUUUAGAGAGCUUUAUAGCAAACCAAUUGCAUGUAGUGACUUCAGACUGCUUUAAGGAAUUGUGUAAACUUUCUAUUCUGUAGCAGUUCCCGUUCAUUGGAUUUUAAACAAAGUGGCUCUGGUUUACAGGAUUUCAUUCCCCAAACGGCACUUUAAAGGAAGGCUAGACUUCUUUCUAAUAAAGUAUGCAUUAUCAUUUAGCACUCCCUUUUAGAACUUUUGCCUAUUUUAAGUGCUUUUAAGGAAAGAAAAAAGCAAUUUCCCUUACAAUGUGAUAGUGAAGACAUGGUACCAUAUGGUGUUGCCUUUUUCUAAGCACUGUAAGUUGUACUAUACCUUAAGAAACAAAUUAAAGGUCGAGCAUGAGAACCACUCUGUGUAGAAUUACUGAUCUUUUAUAAUAAAAGUGUGUGCUUGAGUCAGCAAAGGGAGGACAGCUGCAAAUAUUUACAGUGCAGUGAGUAAAAUGCAAGAAGCGAGAUCAUGCUCAUCCCAUUCAUAGCUUUACAUGUUUCUAAAACAAAUUGCACUAGCUUUAUUUUUCCCAUAACUAGACAUACAGCUCUUUGUACGUUGCACGCAAAACUACGCUUUCCUAGGAAAAAAGCUACAUAGACUGAGGCUUAUAGGCAAUACAGAUUUUAGAAUGUACGAUACGGAGGUGUGUUUUGGCCUCUUUUAGAAGUCAGUGGGAUGAAUGUAAGCUUAGUUCUGAUUUUCAUGUAACUAUGGUGCCACUUUUUACUGAUUUUGUCCAUAUGAAAUUUAUUCACAUGCCUUUGCAAUAACUAGAUUGUGAGAAAAUAGCCCCAUGCUGUAACAAUAACCAGUUGUUUGAGGUGCUUGCAGUUGUCUAAUUAAAGUGUUUUGUUUUUUCAGUGUGCUGUCAUUGGCAUCUUUGAUAGCCCUAAGCCACUGUUGGCUAGAAUGACGCGCCGUGCUGGCGGUGGGUGGGGGUGACCCAGGCUGAAGCGCAGCUCUCUGUUCACGUAACCAACAUGGCAUGGGGUAAAUCCGAUCCUUCCGCAGGGGAGCGGGGCAGGAUGGGCUGCAGUUGUGGGGUGCUAAAUGAAAUGAGACCAAACUGAGCCGUGUUUCAUUCAAGGUGUUUUAACUUGAUGUAAGCAAGCAGCCGCUUACCCCCUCCCUACGCCCCUACACACCUCAUCCAAAAAGAGACCCUGCUGCCAAGGAGCACGCCGCCAAGGCUACGGUGCAGAAACUCAUCCUGUGCUGUGGCCCUGCACCAAUGGGGUGCCAGCACCGGGUCCCUCUGCCUUCUGCUUCCCUCUUCUCGCAGGAACCGUUUUUAAAGGCCUCAAGGAUGACACUGAUGAGAAGAAACAAAAGGCUACAAAGGAAUCCAGAGAGGUAAAGCGUUACGCUUCACACUUGGCCAUGCCGUUGGUUGUGUCUGGAUGCUGCAACUGAUUUCAGGGCUGUUCUUAAAUACACAGAGAAUAGCAGCGUUUGCAUCAGUUUAAAUGCCAGUCGAAUGAGGGACUCACCGCCACUGCACUCCUUUCCAUUUGGUUGACCACCGCGACAGAACCAACCUUAGGGGGAGAGAGAGCCAAUGCUGGGCCUGUUCUGCUGCACCCGCUCGCACGGUAACUGCAAUGCAAAGUGCUAACAGUUAUUAGGUCAUAGAUGGAGGUGGCUCUGGUUAACCAGCUGUGAACUGUGGCCAUGAUUUCUCAGGAGUGUGUUGGGUUUUUUCUUUUUUCUGCUGCACUGGUUGGUAGCUGGGCAAUUUGCUUCAACUGCACGACCGCACAGAACACAGCGUGUUCCCUAUCACGUCUGUGUGUUUUACAGAGCCAAUGCCUGUUCAGGGAAGGAACAGAAAGUACUUUUCUGAUAAUUAUGAGCAGAUAAUUUUAAGUAAACCCAAUAGUGUCUGUAUGCUAAGAAUUACCACUUUUUCUCAGAGAGCAGCAAUUGUCAUUUCCCAUCCUGUCCAGUGGCGGGUUUUCCAGCAGCCAGAGCAGAGGAAGGUGCACGCUGGUUUUCUUCUCUGGGUUCUGAAAGAGAGCCAGCAAGCAUUUGUUCUGUUACGUGAGCAGAAUUCAGCACUCACUGCUGAGCUGCAGGACGCUCUCAUACUCCACAGUCACGCUGUAAUGCCUCACUCCCACCAUACUGCAGUAAGAGCUCCAGCAGCAGCAGGAAGGCACGUACUGACCUGUGCAGCCGGUGCUGUGAUUUGUACCUAAGACCAGAACAUCUGAUAGAGCCCUGCUGCACCAUCGUGCCGGCAUACGUUAGACACAUUGGUAUGCAUGGGUUAACACCAAAUAAACUGACAUACUUCAUAGAUGUACCCAGCAUUACCUGACAGCACACCCUGCCUGAAUCAAAACAAUGCUUCCUCACCUCUAAGCUCAGCAAGGGAACAAAAAUCCCCCUCCUGCACUCACUUCUACAGCCAGCUGUGCAAUGACAGGAAGGCCAUCAGCAGACACCACACAGGAGGAACAGCCACUCAGCAGGCAGGGCUGCUCUGUGCCCACAGCCCUCAACACACAGCACCCCUUCCGGACAAGUGGUUAAAACUGACAUAAUUGUGAUUUAUUAACAUGAAUUAAAAUGCCCAACCAGUGCUGCAAUGUGACAGUAUAUUAAAAAAAAUUAAAGAUCAUAUACUGUACUACUUUCACAAAGAUCACACUUUUUUUUUUUUU